AUGUCUGGCUACCGCAGGAGGGGAAGUGGGGAUUCAAACUACAGUCAUCAUGAUGAUGACUUACUGGAAGCUGGAAACCGAGAAACACUUCGGCGCGAUGCAGAACGUCAAGCCGCCCUCCAGCUUGAAAGAGCUAAAUAUAAACCUGUAGCUUUUGCUGUAUGUACAAAUGUAGAGUAUGAUGGAUCAGUAGAUGAUGAUUCACCUGUACAUGGUUGUGCUGUAUCGUUCAAAAUUAAGGACUUCCUCCAUAUUAAAGAAAAAUAUAAUAAUGAUUGGUGGAUUGGACGAUUAGUCAAAGAAGGGCAUGAUCUCGGUUUUAUUCCUUCUCCAGUGAAGUUAGAAAGUUUGCGUCAACAGACAGCUAAAGCAGGAAAAUUCAAACAAUCAACGUCAACUUCAAAUCUAGGUAAUUUGGAUAAUAUGAUGCCACGUAGUGGUUCUCGAAGUUCAACUCCACCAACACCAGGAGACGAUGAAGAGUUAAAUGCUCCAAAAAUGGCCAACAUAGUCACAACUCCUCCAACAAAGGAGAAGAAGAAGCUUAUUUUCAAAAAGCAAGAAAAUGUGCCGCCUUAUGAUGUAGUACCAUCUAUGAGACCGGUUGUAUUAGUUGGUCCAUCUUUGAAAGGUUACGAGGUAACAGACAUGAUGCAGAAAGCCGUUUUUGAUUAUUUAAAACAUAGAUUUGAAGGAAGAAUAAUUAUUACAAGAGUAACUGCUGAUAUUUCAUUAGCCAAACGUUCACUACUCAAUAAUCCUAGUAAAAGAGCAUUGAUGGAACGAGCUAAUUCCAGAUCGAGCAAUAGUUUAGCUGAAAUCCAGGCUGAGAUUGAGCGUAUUUUCGAAUUAGCUCGUUCAAUGCAACUUGUAGUCCUUGACUGCGAUACUAUAAAUCAUCCAUCUCAAUUAGCAAAAACGAGCUUAGCUCCUAUUCAUGUGUACAUAAAAAUUAGCUCACCCAAGGUCCUUCAACGAUUAAUCAAAUCGAGAAGUAAAUCACAAAGUAGAAAUAUGAACGUUCAAAUGGUCGCAGCUGAAAAACUUGCUCAAUGUCCACCGGAGCUCUUCGAUGUUUUGCUUGAUGAAAAUCAAUUAGAAGAUGCUUGUGAGCAUCUAGCUGACUUUAUGGAAGCUUAUUGGAGAGCUACCCAUCCUCCUGUACGUAGUCCACCUAGAAUUAAGAGAAAUCCUAUGGAGAACAGAGGACCAAGCACACUCUUCACGCCAGCCCAAAUGAUGCAGGGAACUGGUAUUGGUGGAGGUAUGACCUCAAACGGAGGAAUUCAGUUACAAUCACAGCCAUCGAGUGCUUCACUAGGAAUGAUGGGUGGUCCCAUGAAUCAGCAAAUGGCUGGUGUUACAGCUCGUCCCAAUAUGGCUCCUCAAAUCAAUAUUCAACAGCCUACGUCGUCCAUGUCAUCUGGCGGCAUGUAUUACGGACAAAUGAACCAGCAGCAACAACAACAACAGCAGAUUCAGAAGCAGCAGCAACAACGAUUGAACGACCGGCAUGGCUUUGAUGAGUAUGAUGAAGUGGAUAUGCACCAUGCUUAUGAACGUGGCACUUAUCGCUACUAA